UUGUUUUCUUUUGCCAUGGCAUUUUGUCAUAUCGAAGUAGAAUUUUGAAACCGCUAUUCAAGUAUAUCUAAGAAUGUGGAAUACAGCCAAACGUUCGUAUAUUGUUUAUUUUUAUAAUCAUUACUCAGUCGGAGUGUAUAUAAGUUUUGACGAUGGAUCAAAUCCGCCAAAAAUCAAAUAUGACAAAAAGAAGUCGGAAACCGAAAGGUGAAAAAAGCAAAGACAGACAUCACGUCUGUCUUGCUUAUCUUCCUGAUGACGUACUGUACGCUAUCCUGUUAAAACUGGACAUACAGUCCCUAGGUAGAGUGUGCAGCACAUGUCGGAGAUUGCAGAGCUUGGCGGAGACAGAUUUUGUGUGGACCAGACAUGGAGGCCGCAGAACUUUGAUCCAAGAAUCUGGCAGAUCAAAACAAACAGAAUGCUCGUAUAAGGAAAAGGUGCGCCUCUCUUAUAAUUGGGAAAAUGCUGUUUUCCAGAAUGAAGUGAUCACAAGGAAUCAAGUAAAACAGAUGCCGUGGCUACAGUGUGAUGAGGCAGGACUGUGGGUCUCUUCUGAUCAACACAUCAAGUACUUCAGCACUAACCGACACAGAGGCUCCAAACACCUUCACACACUCCGCGGUGUCAAACAUGACAUAACACACUUCGUUCUUCAGGAUGAGACUGUAGUAGCUGGUUGUAGUGAUGGCAGUAUUAUUCGGUGGAACAAGACAUCAGAAACCCCCACAUUUACACACAAGGUCCACGACAGUCAUGUACACAAGGUGGACGCUCGGGAAAAUCUGGUGUUAUCUAGCUCCACAGACAACACAGUCCGGCUUAUGGACAUAGACCAAGCAGCAGAAAACCGAGUCGUGAAAGUGUUUGAAGUAGAGGACAGAGUGUGGUCAGUUGGUGUAUCACCAGAUGGCAGAUGGUGUGUUGGUGGCACUGCAGCCAGCACAGAACAAAAGCCACCACUGAUUGUGUGGGACCUAGCAAGAUUAACUAAGGUGUGUAAUCUUGGAACAGAUCACAAAAAAGGAGCUGGGGUAUUCGACCUGAAGUUUGAAUCUCCAAACCUCCUUCUGACGGGUGGUUAUGAUACAAUACUGAGAUUAUGGGACAUGAGGACAUUCACCUGUGUAAGUGAGUGGGAGGAGCCCUUUGACUAUGCAAUCUACUGUAUUCAGUCUGAUAACAACAUGACGAUGUUUACGGGCACGGCUCGCAGCAGUAUGACAAGACUUUGGGAUAAACGAAAAACAAAACCUGUCAGUUUGUAUCAUCCGCCGGCUAGGAAACGAGACAGUCCGGUGUACUCCCUGGCCUACGACACUUCACAUCUUUUUGUUGCACUCGACCUCAGUAUCCACAGAUUGGACUUUUCAAUGAGGAAAACAUAGUUUAACAUUUAAAAAGUUUCACAUGCAAAAGUACCCGGUAAACUGAUGAAAAAUGUAUAUGUGCAAUCAUAUGAUGGAAUGUAUAUAUAUAUAUAGCAUGUUUGUCAAAACUAAUUAUUGCCUUAGUGAGAGAGAUAGAAGAGGUGAGACUGUCAAGGAAGAAUUUGUUCUCUUUGUUGUUUUAGAUAUAAAGAAAUGGAUUUUUCGAUGUCAAAAUUGCAAAUUAGUCAUAUCAAGAAAUAUAUUUGAUUUCUUCUUAAUACAUGUAUCAAAAACCCAACAUAUUUGGAAAAAGAAAAUUAUUUUUAGCAAAAAAUCAAAGUACAUAUGUAUUGAUGUCAAGAAACAUUAAUUAUAUGAAUCAUUCCACUUCUUGAUAUCAAUGAUUCUUACUUUUAAGAAUUUAGUUUCCUGAUAUUGACAAAAUCCAGCAAUUCAAGCAUCACCAACAUCAGCUUCCUCAAAACAUUGGUAUUCUUCUUGAUAUUACGCUGAAUUGUGCUUGAACUAUCUCUCUGUACCUGGCCAGACAGAUCAUCAGCCAUUUUACAAUAUUUGCUGUAGUGAAGAGUUACUGAUGUUUUUUCAGUGAUGACAGUUAUGAUUGACCUGUGACUUGUUUUUUUUAUCAUUUUGACUGGUGAUUGAUGAAGAUAGUUUGUAUAGAGAGUGUACAGUGUGUACCCACUGGUGGGGUUAUACAAUUCUUUAUUUAUAAAAGCUGUUAAUAAAAUAUUACACUGAUCUA